UGUCACGUGAACGUGAGGUUAUGUGACGUUGUAUGUUGUAAACAGGAAGUAGGUGGUGAGCGGCUGCGUUGCGUUGCGUUGGCGACAGCAUGUCCCCUACAGAUUUCAAAAGUUUGGUGCGGAGAUUUUACGCACUCCAGGCUGAGCGUGUGGAGGCGUACAAGCUCUUUGACGAGGGUCACGAGGCAUACUUGAGGACAGGGCCUCACUACGACUUUGACCAUUACAGACAGCUGGUUCAUGAGAUAACCAAGGCGUUCUGUGGCAUCUCUAAAGAAGUUUUGGAGAUUAAACAGCGCCUCCACCAAGACUUUGACCGUCCAGAUCUCUCUGAACACAUUGAGAAGCUGCAGAUUAAGGAGAAGCAGAAACUGGAACUGACAGCUAAAUUGCAGCUGGCCAAGCAGAGUGCUCAAGAUCACCCAGAUGACGAGGGCUGUCAGGAGAAGCUCCAGGAGAUCAAACAUGAAAUCAUUAAGAACAAGGAGGCUCUGAGUGAGAUUCUGCAGGACUUUAAGUACGACUCUGAAGAACCUGAAUGAAGGGUGGAGAACCUGAAUGAAGGGUGGAGGGUGCUGUCUGGAACGAUAUGAAUGGAGUUCUCUUCCAUGGCUUUGCCUUUUCGUGAGGAGCAGCUGAAGCUUUUCAUUGCUGCCUGUGUGCAGUGAGCAACUACACUGUUGAUGUGAUGUGGAGAUUUUGAAAAAAAAACUUUUUUUUUUUUUUUUUUAACCAUAAUGUUUUUUUGCAGACAUGGCAAAAUACCUUUUUUUCUAAAAUGCUUUAUUGUGCCAGCUUUAUUCACUUGAGAUGAGCAUCUAAAAGUAAGCCAUCAAGCUUAAUCUACUUCACUACUCAAAGACUCAGCUACCCCACGGGACACAACACACCGUUAACCUCUGCCAGCUGAUCUUUUGGCAUAAUAAAAGAAGUUGUCUUGUAUGUUAAAUAUAUUGUGAUUUAAUACAAAAAUAAAAGUGAGAACGUAA